AUGAAAGUCUUUAAAAUUGCAAAAACUCUGAACACUCAGAGUAAUAACAUAUUUAGCAAAUUAAAUAAAUACAGUGAAACAGCAUGCUUUAAAAAUAAGUAUGCAUCCGUUGUAAAUAGUAAUGAAAAUGCUUUCAAAAAAAACGUGUGUUAUAAUAAUCAUAAAUUUAGUAGUAGAGCAGAUAAAAAUGAAGUAACUGAAACGGCAGAUAAUGAAAUAAAAACGAUGAUAUCUAAACCUUCAGAAAAUUUAAAAAAUAGUACACAGAAUGACAAUUCGGAUAAACUAAAUAAAAUUAAUACCAUCCAUAAUGACCUCAAAAAUAAUGACGAUUUCGAGUUUAGUAAUAAAAAAAUUGAAUUAAUUGCCAAUUUUAUGAGUAAAGAAAAAGAAAAAAAAAUGAAUCGUUUCUAUUUAGAUAGCCAAGCAACAACAAUGAUAGAUCCAAGGGUUUUAGAUAAAAUGAUGCCUUAUAUGACAUACAUAUAUGGUAAUGCUCAUUCUCGAAAUCAUUUUUUUGGUUGGGAAUCAGAACAAGCAGUAGAAGAUUCAAGAGCUAAUAUUAUAAAACUUUUAAAUGGAAAUAAUAAUAAAGAAAUAAUUUUUACAUCUGGAGCUACUGAAAGUAAUAACUUAGCUUUAAUAGGAACAUGCACUUAUUAUAAUAAAUUAAAUAAUCAAAAGAAUCAUAUAAUAACAUCACAAAUUGAGCAUAAAUGUAUAUUACAAACAUGUAGAUAUUUACAAACAAAAGGUUUUGAAGUAACUUAUUUAAAACCAGAUACAAAUGGUUUGGUCAAAUUAAAAGAUUUCAAAAAUAGUAUAAAAGAAAAUACUAUAUUGGCAUCUUUUAUAUAUGUAAACAAUGAAAUAGGUGUUAUACAAGAUAUUGAAAAUAUUGGAAAAAUUUGUAAAGAAAAAAAUAUUAUAUUUCAUACUGAUGCAUCGCAAGCCGCUGGGAAAAUAAAAAUAGAUGUGCAAAAAAUGAAUAUAGAUUUGUUAUCUUUAUCGAGUCAUAAGCUAUAUGGACCUAAAGGUGUCGGUGCAUUAUAUAUUAAAAGAAAAAAACCAAAUAUAAGAUUAAAUGCGAUAAUUCAUGGAGGUGGACAAGAAAGAGGAUUACGAUCUGGAACAUUACCAACACAUCUAAUUGUUGGAUUAGGCGAAGCAGCAAAUAUAUGUUUGUCAGAAAUGGAUAGAGACAAUCAAAAAAUGCAUUUCUUUUUUAAUUAUGUAAAAAAUUAUAUAUCAAAGGAAUUAGAUUAUAUUAUAUUUAAUGGAUGUCAAAUAAAUAGAUAUUUUGGAAAUAUGAAUAUAUCCUUUUUAUUUGUUGAAGGAGAGAGUUUAUUAAUGUCACUAAAUGAUAUAGCACUAAGUUCGGGUUCAGCAUGCACAUCUAGUACAUUAGAACCCAGUUAUGUUCUAAGGUCUAUUGGAAUCACAGAAGAAAUUGCUCACACAUCUAUACGAAUUGGUUUUAACCGAUUUACUACAUUUUUUGAAGUACAACAGUUAUGCAACAAUUUAGUCAAAUCUGUUAAAAGAUUAAGAAGCAUUUCACCUCUGUAUGAAGCAGAAUUAGAAAAAAACACAUCUGGAAAUUACCCCAAAUUUAUAUGGACCUGA